GCAUUAGUCAUCAUACUAAGAUCCCCUGGGUUUGGAGGGUCAUCAUCAAAAAUCAUCCUACAAUGGAAUUUCCAUAUAUUCUAGCAAAACCAUGACAGAUAUGCCUGCCCAUAAUCGUCUAAAACAUUAACAUCACAUAAUAAUGCAGACAACCAGGUUUUCAUAGCUAAAGCCGAGGUAGGAAUCAUUUGUAGUCCUAGAUAGCCACCAAAUCAAGCACAAGUCACCCAAUCGCAGAAGAGAGAAAGCCGUUCAAACAACUUUGAGCCUACUGAAUCAAAUGUUGAUUAUCCAAAACGAGUCUAAGAUAACAUUAUCAUAUUUUACAAAAUUUAAAUUUUCUGAUAAAAAAUAAAUUAGAAUAUAUAUAGAUAUAUAUUAUCAACAGAAGAGUAUGAAUUAUCGAAAAUGAAUAAAUGAAAAAAAAAAAAAACCAAAAACAAAAGGCAAAGCACGACAUGGGACGUCACGUUGCUGUGGAAGCUCAAAAAUAGGAGUCACGGUCAAGGCGUCGAAGGAGAAUUGCCAUCCAUUUGGGAACCGAUUCUUCCGGUUAGCCUCCUCACUCCCCAUUCCCUUCAUCGUUAUUCUUCUAAGCCCUCCAUCCAACAUUUCUCCGCCAAAAAUUAACUGAAUCCUGACCAACAGAGAUUUCAUACUGUUGUUUGAUUAAUUGGUAUUGUUUUGAUACAAUAACAAGAGUGAGGAGCGAGAUUGACAAUCAAUCAAUGGCCGACUCACCCAGUGAACCUGGCCUUCCUCACUUGGACCAAAUGCUUGGCCUUCUCAGGGUUCACAUCAAGCGUGGUGUCAAUCUCGCUGUUCGUGAUGUUCGCAGCAGCGAUCCUUACAUCGUCGUCAGGAUGGGCAAGCAGAAACUCAAGACUCGCGUUAUUGACAAGGAUAUUAAUCCUGAGUGGGAUGAAGAGCUUACGCUUUCUGUCGUGGACCCAAAGCUUCCAGUAACAUUGACUGUGUAUGACCAUGAUACUUGGAGCCCAGAUGACCCAAUGGGAGAUGCUGAAUUUGAUAUCAUUCCAUUUCUAGAAGCCUUGGGGAUGCAGGUAUCAAACCUCCCGAACGGUACAAUUAUAACAAGAGUACAACCAACCAGGCAAAACUGCCUAGCAGAGGAAAGCUGCAUUGUUUUUAACGAUGGCAAGAUCACCCAAGAUAUGGCCCUCAGAUUGCGACACGUGGAAAGUGGUGAAGUGGAAAUCCAAUUGCAAUGGAUUGAGCUUCCAGGUGCAAAGUAGGGUGAGAUUUUCUGCUUCUCAUGGUGCUUUUCACCAGAAGAUCUUCUGAUUUGUUUGCUGGUUUUUCCCCCAUCACUUAUUGCUGAGACCCCCUGUUCAGUUCUCUCUUCUGCGAAGGACCUCACUCCGCAAGGAUCUCAAUGUGUUGUUUUAUGAGCCUGUAAAUAACAUAUUGAUAGUGAUGAGAGGAAACUCUUAUCUUUGUGGAAUUAUUCUGCGAUUGUAGACCUCCACCCCAAUACUCCUAACAUAUAUUUCCUGUUCAUUUUCAU